GUCAGGGUGUUUUUUUUUAAAGUUAUAUAUUUUUCCAAGACGAACGGGGAAACUGCAGGAUCACAUCAUGUCAUCAUCAUCAUCAUCAUCAUCAUCAUCAUGCAACUCGACUCAUCAGCAACGGGCUAAAGGCAGCACGGGAUCCCCCACCAUUUCAUCAUCAUCAUCGUCGUCAUCUUCAUCAUCAUCAUCAUCAUUAGUCGUUAACGGCGCGAGCCGGUUGCUGCAGCCAGUCCGUGCCACAGUGCCAUACCAGCUGCUGCGCGGGAGCCGCCGCUCCUCUCCCUCAUCCUCUUCCUCCUCUUCCUCGUGUGCGUCAGCCGGGGGCGACGUCGCAGCACCGAGAGCUCCCGGUGCCGCCGCCGCGAGCCCGACGCGAGUAGUGACGCCGCUCGCGCGCGCGCCUGGAAACGGAAGCGGCCACGGUACCGUGGACUGCGCCGCCGGGCUGAACGCGCGCUCCCCGCCGCCUGACCGCAAGGGAUCACCGGAGCGGUGCCCCGAUUCACCUGCUUACCGAGUUGAAAGGUCAAAAGCCCAGCAGGUGUGGAUCAGGCGCACUUCCUCUCAAGGUGCCAUCACAGUACCAUACCUGACCGGCCAGUGGCCCCGUGACGCCUACCUGCUCUAUCCAUCACGCACAAAAGACAAAUCCACACAGACUCCUGGAUGCUGGAGUGAAGACUCAUCAGAGGGAGAGCUGAGGAACACACACCAGCGCUCGGCGUCCUGGGGCUGCGCCGAUCAGCUUAAAGAGAUCGCUAAGCUCCGCCUCCAGCUCCAACGCACUAAGCAGGGAGGAAGUCGUCAUUUUAAGGACUGCAGGGAGCUUCUGUCUCCCCUCCAUUGCUGCAUCUUCACCAACACAUACACUACCAGCAGCAUGUCCAGCCAAGCCACGUCCCCCAUGUCGAAGCCGGCACAGAUAACCCUGCCUAACAUCACAGUACCGAAACCGUCUAUCUCACGAGUGCCCAGCAGUAUGGAGGGCAUCAACCACGAGCUGGAGAAAGUGUUUAUUAAAGAUAAUGGAGAAAAGGAAGAGCUGAAGGCAUUGGAGGUGCCUGAUGGACGCCGUGCCCCCUUUCCUCCUCAACAGCGGAGCAGCAGUACGUGUGGUUUGGAUUCUCAGACCCCGGCAGUACUUGGGCGCUCCAGCAGCUGCUCUAGCGCAUCACCCUGUCCAGCAGGAUCACAUGAUGGCAGCCCGUACUCCACCGACGAGCUCCUCGAUGACAGAGACAAAGACAGUGGCAGCAGCUCUCCUCUACCUAAGUUUGCCUCUUCACCUAAACCCAACAACAGUUACAUGUUCAAGCGGGAGCCUCCUGAAGGCUGCGAGAAGAUCAAAGUGUUCGAAGAAAUGACGUCGAGACAAUCCUCUACCACCCCUCUCUUCUCCUGCCCCGACAAAAACAAGGUGAACUUCAACCCCACUGGCUCGGCUUUCUGCCCCGUCAGAAUACCUGGCGCUCUGCUUCAGCACUCGGCCUCCCAAGCUGACGAAGAGCAGGAGGAAGGAGGACAGCCCAGUGCUGUGACCUCCUCGGCCAUGUACGCCCAGCUCCACCCCACUCAGGUCUCCAUCAGCACCAGCACAGACGAUCCUCCAGAAUCAGACGCCACAACUCCAUCCCAACAAGAGGCACCACACACAAACUCAGAACUGUGCAGUUAGCUCGAUUUGCCCAGAGCUGGUCUCUGUGGCACUUUGUGCCCUUCAUAGGUUGACUAGAUGCACCCACUCUGUCUGGACUAAAACUCCACUGUCUGCAUGUCAUAGUGAUACCCAAGGGUCCGAACACAAGAAUAAUGCCCCUCUCCACUUCGAUCUGUCGUCACAUCUGCCCCAUUUUCUUACGCACUUUUAUUGACAGGGAGAGUAAAAAGCUACAAGGCUUUAGUGUACGAGUAUGCUGGCUGUUUUUGGAAUAGCACCACAGAAGGUGGUAAAAAAUAUAUAUAAAAUUAAUUGAUUAAUGUUAAAAUAAAGAGUGUGAGGGUUUUAUGGACCACAAUAUAUGCAAAUGUAGGUUCAAUGUUAACCUUAAAUGAAAGAAAGAAAAGAAAAGAGUGAGCGGCCAUUAUAUUUUGCAGAAGUCCCAAGCGGCCAUAGUUUUUUUUUUGGUUGUUUUUUUUUGACUGAUUAUCUUGAGAUCACCAUCUAUUUUCUUGCAUUAAGUUUAUUGUUUAUUGUUAUCGCAUUUAUUUUAUAAGUCUAAACAUUAAGUUUAUUGUGUUAAUGACACCACAUUCAUAUGAAAAUGAAAGUCAGUAUCUCAAAACCUGUGGAUUUCAAGGCAAUUCUCAGCGAAUAAGUAAUAAUUUCUCUUGUUCCAAACCUGUUCAAUAUUUUUUCCUAGAACCUUGCAGGCUAGCAAACCAUUAGCUGUGCUUGCAGCUAACAUAAUCAGUGGAGAGUUGCAACUUUUAUAAUCUCAGAAAUCCUGUCAGGUUAGCUCAGAAUAGCUAAUUAUUAAGUUACAGACAAUCCCAAAAAUCCUGUCAGAAAUCCUAUUUAUAUUUGGGGUUUUUUUUGGCAAGCUGGUUAAUGUUGGCAGUGGAGAUUAUCAACAAUAAUGAUUAUGACCUAAAAAUCCUUCCAGAUUUCCUGUCUAACUAAAACUGAUCUGAAUCUCUGCUCUAAAUCUGGUUAGAGUUAACCAUGAAGCUUAUGAACACACAAAUAGCCCAUGUUAGCUAUGUAGCUAGUUGGUGUUAGCAAUGUAAAUUGUGUUAAUGGUUAUGAACUAUAGGUUAGGUGUUUGGAAAUGGCAUUGAAGAUGAUAAACAUUUUUAAAUCUGAUUUGAAGAUCCUGCCAGAAAUCCUGUCAGAUUAGCCCAUGCUAGCUAGCUGGCUAGAUUUAGCAGAUAAUAUUUAUAAAUACUAUUUAAAAAGUCCUGUCAGAUUAGCUCAUGCUAGCUAGCGGGCUAGAUGUAGCAUUUAAUAUUUAUAAAAAUUAUGUAAAAAUCCUGUCAGAUUAGGUCAUGCUUGCUAGAUGACUAGCUUUAGCAUUACGUUUUAUACAUAUUAUGAAUUUAAUUUAAAAAUCCUGUCAGAAUUACAGGAUGUCUGAUUAGCACAUAUUAGCAAGGUGGUUGGAAGUAGCAAUGAAAAUGAUAAACAUUUCUAAAUAUUGAUAUAAAAAUCCUGUCAGAUUAGAUCAUGCUAGCUAGCUGACUAGCUCAUCUUAUAUCAAAAGAUUGCUAGUAAUCCAUGGCCUCUUGGGACUUCUGUUUUUUGGGGUUUUUUCCUCCUCUAUUCUCGUCUUAUUUACACACAGUUUGGCGUUGAGUUCUGGUCAGACUUUUUUUGGAUUCUCUUUUUAUUUGGUGUUAUUCAUUUUCUCACUGAUGUGGAUCUGAACGAUUGCACAGCUUCGCUUUCUGUCGGGUGAGUGAAAUUCAAGCAAAUAACUGCUUAAUUUAAGCGAGAUGACUUCUUUUUCAGCUCCAGCACAGUAAUGAUUGCAUUUAGAGGAGAGAAAAGGUUACAUUAAAAAGGCUUCAAGAAGGAUUUAAUAGGGUCAGAUGCAUGUAUCUGAAAUUGACCAUAUAUGUUGACGAUUACAGUGUCAUGUCUGUUUUAUUUUUUUUUUAACAUCCACAGUAUGAAUAAGCUCUCUCUCUAUCUAUAUAAAUCUAUAUCUAUAUAGAUAUAUGGUUAUCUAUAUAAAAAAAAAAGAUAAAAGCUUAAUUGAGUCGAGAAUUGUUUAUUGAUUUACGUAUGAUAUAGAUAAAAAAGUCUGGUCUACGCUUUUGGAUUAUGUUUACUGUCUGUCUGGGUUUUGUUACUUUUAAGACAUUACGUACAGAAAUAGUUAUAAAAAAGGUAAAAAAAAAAAAAAAAAAAAAAAAAACAAAUGCAUUUAAAAGAAGAAGGAAAAAAAAACGCUAUAGUAUUGCACAGUAUCUGUUUAUAGCCCAGCUUCAGGUGUGAGUUUAAACUCAGGUAAUUUGCACUCUAAUGUGUGUCCAUUCACAAGUCGAACUCCUACCACCUUCUUCACACACAAACACACAUACACACAUUCAUGAACACACCCACCCACACAGACACAGUUCAACGUAAAUCAGCUUUUGUGUUGAUAAAUGUUACCCAUGGCUCUUUUGAGUGUAUGUUAAAAGCUGUCGAUCCACUGACUGAAUUCUGAGAACGAAUCAUUCGUGAUGAGUGACAGUGUGAUUUAUAAGCAACUCAUGUCUAGCAACAAUGAAAUAAACGUGCGUGCAUUGAUUUAGGA